GUGUCGGCAGCGGUAUCGGUCCGCAUAGUCCAUUCAAAAAGCCAAGUGAACGGUCAAUCAGCGUGUGAGUAGGCGUGAGGUGAAGUGAACCCGAAAGGGGGUUGAAACGAACAACAGACCGUAAAAUACACGGCUUAAGACGCAAAAGAAACAACAAAAAAAGGUUUUUUCCGUGUUUCUGAAGCAUGCAAAUAAACGGUGUCACUGCCGGACCCACGAUGGCCGCAUCAGAGCCACCAGAGCCACCGCCGCGCAAUCCGGAUCGCACAAAUGCCUCACUGCACAAGCUCAGCGAAUCCAAAAUUUUUAAAUCACUGGACUCGAGUCUGAUCAAGGAGAAGUCCGUCUCUGUUAACAACAAUAAGCCUAUACGGCCGCUGCUCUCUCUGGAUAACUCUGUAACGGCCUCCACAUCAGCGGCAGCCGCAGCGACAGCAGCAAGAGCAGCAGCAGCUGGAGCUGGAGCAGUGGGCGGAGCCCCUGUCAAGCCAUCGCCCCUGGUACUUACCAGCAAGCGAGACCUCACGCCUAGCAACGACAGCAGCUCCUCGCCGGCCAGCUCGAAUGGCAGCAAUCAGACACUUACGCCACCCAUGACCAACGACAACCAGCAGCAGCAGCAGCAGCAUCGACCACCAUCAUAUCCUGGGAAGAGCGAGGUCGUCGGUCUGCCACAGCCACAAUUGCCGAAUGGCCUCGGAGGCACGGCCAAUGCGAACUCUAUCCCCGGCCCAGCCAUGAUCCAUGCGAAUAACUCUAAUUUAAUUGCCGCUGGUCACCUGGCACAGGGAGUUGCCGUCUCCUCCAGCUCCACUUCGACGUCCACCGCCAACAUCUCCUCCGGCGGCAGUGCUCUAAAUGCGGUCGGCAAGCGGAAUGCCAAUGAUGUUUGCUCAAUUGUAAAAUUAAUGGAACCGGAGUCAAUGGCAACCGCAAGAGCAGCUCCAGCUUCAGCUCCAUCUCCAGCCGCAGCAUCCGCCAAUAUGAAUCCAUCAUUAUCUGGCUUCCUGACACUGGGGCCACCGCAUUCUCCGACAUCCGCUGCCUCGGCAGCCCUCCUCAUGCUCGAGUCCUGCGAUGGCAAUCGCAACGAAGAGACAAAGGUCCGACUCCGAGGUGCCUCUGGCUGGGGCUCAGACUCUGGUCCAGCUUCAGAAUCCGGCAUGAAGCUGCGAGAGGAGAACGAUCGUCUCAGUGCGGAGCUGGUUCGCUUGCGUCGACUGCUCGAGCUGUCCACAGACGGGGCCGUCGGCGGCGUGGAUCCCACAGAGGCAGAUGCUCGUGGCAAUAAUGGAACAGCCGCACAGGAUCGCAUUGAACGGCUGGAGUCGGAGCUGCGUACGGUGAAGAAUCAGCUGCUGACCAUGCGGCUGGAGCGGAAGAAACUGCGAACUGACAAAUCCGAUCUGCUGGGACAGGUGAAACAGCUGUGCGCCUCGCUGCAGGAGAAGGAGCAGGAGCUGCGCGACUUUAUCCGCAACUUCCAGGAGCGGGUGCGAGAGUCGGAGACUACAAAUGCCAAGAUCUCGGGCGAUCGAGACCGGCAGCGCUUCCAGCUGCUGAAGCAGGCCCGGGAUGAGGCCGAGCGCUCACUAGCCCUGGCCCAGCAGCUCUCGGCUCGUGACCUGCAGCUGCAGCGACUUCAGGAGCAGCUUCAGGAGGCGCGUCGCCAGCUCACAGGCUGCCUCUCCGACCAGGAGAGUCUCCACUCGUUUGCCCCACUGACUCCACCCUCAGCGGCCUCUGGCAUGCUCAGCCAGAUGGCAUCCGGCUCUGGCAUGGGUGGAGUACUGGACGGCCUUCGCGGCACAGCCGACGACAGUGGCCGCGGCAACUCCCUGUCGGCAUUCAGUGGCAGCCUGAGCGGCGGAUCGGGGGCAACAGCAGGCGAUCGAAACUCGUGCUCGAAUGACUCGGGUCUGCGGAACAGCAGCGACCGGGAAAGCACUGGCGGAGAGUUGAACUUCAGCGAUGGCACCUGCGACAAUGGACCGUGCAUCACCGUGGAUCCCGACAGCAUUUCUCUCGUCUCCAGCCAGAACAUGUAUCAAUUUGGAACGCCCAAAGAACGAAGCCCCACAUUGUCGCCCUUGAACUCGGCUGCCUACUCCAGAUCCGUGGAGCAGCUGGGCUCGCCGGUGGACCCCGAUGGCCCAGGAGGGGCUGAAGCCAUAACCCGGAAAUUUGCCUGUGCCACAAAAAGUGGACCGUUGGGAGCACGCAACGGUCGUGGGGGAACCUGGGGCAGCAUAUCGCGUGUGUUUGCUCGAUCCCGCAACAAGAACAAGGCCCUGUCCGCCGAUGGAGUGACUGAGUACACCGACUACUCGUGGAAUCCGCUUUCUGAGGAGGGCUAUGCCGACAAGAUACGGCUGCUGCGCGAGGCUUCUCAGUUGCCCCUGGAGCGCUGGCGGGCCACCCAGGUGCUGGCCUGGUUGGAGGUGUCCCUGGGCAUGCCCCAAUAUAGUGGCCGCUGUGCGGAGAACGUGAAGAGCGGGAAGGUUUUGCUGGAGCUGAACGACAUCGAGCUUGAGGCCGGUCUUGGCCUGGCCCAUCCCAUGCACCGCAAGAAGCUGCGUCUGGCCAUCGAGGAGCAGCGACGACCGGAACUAGUGCGGUAUCCACUCAUCACCCAAUUGGGCCACACCUGGGUGGCCUCCGAAUGGCUGCCGGACAUUGGAUUGCCGCAGUACGCGGAGCCGUUUCUGCAGUCCCUCGUCGAUGCUCGCAUGCUGGACACGCUGUCCAAGAAGGAGCUGGAGAAGUUUCUGGGCGUGACCCGAAAGUUCCAUCAGGCCAGCAUUGUGCAUGGCAUUCAUGUGUUGCGCAUCGUGAAGUACGACCGCCAGACGCUGGCCAUGAGGCGCGUGCAAUCCGAGACGGUGGACACGGACCCCAUUGUUUGGACAAAUCAGCGCUUCAUACGUUGGGUUCGAUCCAUCGACCUGGGCGAGUACGCCGAUAACCUGAAGGAUAGCGGCGUUCAUGGCGGACUCGUCGUGCUGGAGCCAUCCUUCUCGGGCGAUACUAUGGCCACGGCUCUGGGCAUUCCCCCAUCCAAGAACAUAAUACGACGACAUCUGAACACGGAAUUCGAUGCCCUCAUUUUGCCAGCAAGAUACUUAAUUUACUGUCAAAUGGAAGAGUUUCAAAUGGAAUGCUCCCGUCAAUUGGCCAAAUUGCGAAACAACAGAAUGAUACAAAAUUAUUACAUACAAAAUCAAAUGGGUUUCAAAAUUGAACUGUUUAGCCAAGCUGAUGAUGGUGGUUAUAAUGAUAAUAGCUAUAGAGAGAGAACAAUAAUUGGAGCACAGCGCUAACCAUAUCGUCAUUACGUAUAGAUAGUUGAUAGACUCACAGAUGGAAGAUAUAUUCACACACCGAUUAGUACUACAUAUUAGUAUCCGUAUCCGUAUCGUAUCGUAUUCAUAGUUUAGUAAGUGCUUCGCUUUGCGCACAUUCGAUAUUGGAUAUUAACACUUACAGUACUCCCUCGGAGGAGGAGCUUAUGGAUGCAUUUGUUUAGGAUUAUUUGCCAAGUCGACCUAAGCAUUUAAUGUCCACGAUACAAGUAAUAGAAAAACAUACUACACAUAUAGUAGGUAGGGUUAAGGCUUUGCUUCAGUGUUCAGCGUAAUUAAGGAUUUAAGGACACACUCAUUUCGACACGAUCUAUCCUUUCACCUUCGCCACUAGCCUGGACAGAGUUGUUGUCCUCUGUGAUACAGCAUCGAAGAUGUUGGUCAACGCACAAAUUUGUACUUUCGAGACCAAACCACAUACAUAUACAUAAACAUUAAACACAUACACAUACAAGAAUUUCGUGGCUAAAACUGUAGUUGUCAAACUGUGCUGGUGUGUUGCACAUUUUGGUGCGUUUUAGCGAGUUUGUACUGCGGUACUGCAAAAAAUAUCAGAGCUCAGAGAAUAGUUUAUUUGGUUGGAUCGCAGCGACCGCAGUCCGAGUCUCAAAUAAGUUAAUUUUAUUUAAGAAGUUGCGCUAUUUCGAAGUACAUACAUACAAUGUCAAUUGUAAGUAAAAAUUGCUUACUAAGUAGCUCUCUCUCUCACACACACAUACCCAAUCCAACACCCACACACAUACGGAAACGGCAACAUACUCAAAACAGCAAACUCGAAACCAAUCUUAUGUAUGUGUUAUCAAUGUUUUACGUAGCUUGAACUAGUCAAAUCGUUGUCAUCUUAAUACAAGUACUACAUACUACUGCUCGUACAAUACAUACUCCACUCCACUCAAAGUGCGAUUGGAAGGCUAAGUAAGGCUUUAAAAGACAAACAAAAACACACUCAACAUCGUAACUUGGCUGCUGUCUUGGUUUGUCUGGUUUGGUGUCUCUUGAUUUCUGUUUGCCAUUU